AUGUUUUCAUUUGCAAACAACCACUUCUCUGCAUUUUUCUUAAUCAUCUCAUUUCCUUUCUCACUGUCGUUCUAUCUCCCCGACUCCAACCCGCUGUUUUCCUUCAGUAGUCAAGUCAGAGAAGGACACCUCUACACAGAUAACCACAGACGCGGGGUGUACAUGCAGAUUUCUCAGGAUGGGAGAGUGUCGGGCAGUGAUGCUCGGACGCCGUACAGUGUGUUGCAGCUGAAGUCUGUUCAACCAGGACACGUCAUCAUCAAGGGACAGUCGUCGUCCCUGUAUCUGUGUGUGGACGGCAGAGGUCACCUGAGAGGGCAGAGCCAGUACUCAGAGGCAGACUGCACCUUCAGGGAGCUGCUGCUGGCUGAUGGAUACACCCGUUUCAUCUCCUCGCACUACGGCUUCCCCAUCUCGCUGGCGUCCAGACACUCUCCAGACCAGCCCUCAGUCCCCUUCACCCGCUUCCUCCCACUCAGAAACACUGUGGCAGUGGAGACCGUCUCUGUGCCGCCGCCAGACAGAAGCUUCAACGUGGACUCCGAUGACCUUCUCGGGAUGGGUCUCCAGUCUGUGGUCAGUCCUCAUUUCUCAGCAGAGAAGUGA